ACAGCAUCGUCACAAAGAGUUCGGCGUUUCAUUCUUUCAUCAUCAUUGCUUCGUCCAUCCAGAACAACAACAGCAUACCGUAGCAGCAACAAUGUUCCUGGCAUCUCAAUCCCUCAAGAGAGUUCGUUCCUUGUCCAUCAUCAGCAGUAGUACCGGUAGUAACAAUAUUAUGAAGACAAGACAAGCACUCUCCACGAGCCUGGGUGUCCUAGCGACACUCUCCUCGCAGCAUUUGUGCUGGACAGCUUCGGCCCUGCCAUUUGGGACUCGGGGUGCCAGUAGCGAUACUACUACUAACGAGGACAAUGCCGAAGCCGUCACGGAUGCCAUGGGCGAAAUCGUCCGCAUUCAUUUACCAAAAGGCAAUAAUAAUGAAGAGAACGACAAUCGCAAUCCAGUGGUAGAAGCCUUUUUUGCUGCUGGCGAUACUUCUUCUUCUUCUUCCAAUGAUGACGUCCUACUCUUUCAGGAAAUCCAAUCGCAAGCACAAAAUCUGUCGUCCUUUUUAACUUCGACACGCCGCAAUUUCCACCAACGUCCCGAAUUAAUGUAUCAAGAAAAGGAAACAUCGGCCAUGAUCCAGGCCACCUUGCAACAACUCGAUAUUCCCCAUUCCACUGGAUGGGCCGUCAAUACCCAUCCCACGGUCAUUCCAGGACCGGGAGGAUACGGUAUUGUCGCCGAUAUUGGUACCGGACAAGCACCGUGUGUCUUGUUACGAGCCGAUAUGGAUGCUUUGCCCAUUCACGAACGCACCGAACAAGUUGACAACUUUAGGUCGCAAACACCCGAUCAAAUGCACGCUUGUGGACACGAUGGACAUACCACCAUGCUGUUGGGUGCCGCCGCCAUUUUAAAGGGAAUGGAAGAGAGUAUCAAUGGAACCGUACGACUCAUGUUUCAACCCGCCGAAGAAGGUGGAGCCGGAGCCAAACGCAUGGUCGAAGAGGGCGUCAUGACACUACAACCACCACCACAGCAUGCUUUUGGAUUGCAUGUGUGGCCGACUCUUCCUUCGGGUAGCAUUGCAGGACGUCCUGGACCCCUCUUGGCAGCCGCAGAACGAUUCGAAAUACUCAUUGCCGGAACAGGGGGACAUGCCGCCAUGCCACAUCUCACUCAUGAUCCCAUUGUCACGGCAUCGGCCAUUAUCAUGAACUUGCAAACUGUCGUCAGUCGGACCAUGAGUCCCCUCGAAAGUGGGGUGGUGAGUAUCACCAAAAUGGAAGCGGGAGAUGCGUUCAACAUUAUCCCGGCAUCGGCAUUGUUGCGAGGGACCAUUCGGGCAUUGAGUACCGAAACCCUCAUGACCUUACGGGAUCGAGUCCAUCAUAUUAUGGAAUCCACCGCGGCGGUGCACGGAUGCAAUGUCACCAUUACCUAUUCGCCCGACUAUUAUCCACCGACAGUGAACGAUCCCGAACUGUACCAUACGUUUUCCAAAGACAUUGCCGCCCAGAUAUCCACAGAAGGCUAUACCCGCGACACGGAACCCACCAUGGGAGGAGAAGAUUUUAGUUUUGUGGCGGAACAGGUUCCUUCGACUUUUUUCUUGUUGGGACAGGGAUCGGGACAAGAUCCGCCCACGAAUUACGGAUUGCAUCAUCCGCAUUUUGCACUCGAUGAAAGUGUCAUGCCACAAGGUGUCGAGCUACAUGUCAAUUUGGCGCUGCGAGCAUUGAGGCGGUUGGGACAACAACAGCAACAACAACAAACAGAUGACGUCAAGGCUGCAGCAUAAAAAGCUAUAGCUCAUCGUGCACCGCAAAUAAUGGAUAGACCUGAUUGUAGCUAGCUAGUAGCUAUAAAGAAGAAUAUCAUAUGUAUCUUUCUUGUUCUA